GCUGCUGCUGCUGCUGCUCAGAGUGGAGGAGCUUCGGGAGAAGGAAGGAGGCCCCCUCCUGGCUCCUGGGGCGGAGUGGCCCCCUCCCCUGGAAGCCCGACCACUGAGUGGUGCCUCCUCCUUCUCCUCAGGGCUUCAGGCAGCCUCCAGGGAGGAAGCCCCGCCGAGGAGAGCAGCCAGAGCCAGAGCCAGAGGGCGGGAGGGGCGUCGGGCGGGCUUUGUUAGCGCACCAUCCUGGCCCAGCCCCAGCCGGGAGGAGCCCCCACAAAAAGCCCCCCCCGAGAGCCGCGCCACGCCGCGCCGCUCCUCCAGCCGCCUCCCCGCACCAGAGGCACGCCGGGCAGCAAGGAAACUAGACCUCUCCUCUAGGCACCGGCGCUGGAAAGGAACACCACACUGGGAAGAAAACUAGACCUCCUCCAGGAAUCUGGGCUGGAACAUACCACGCCGGGCAGAAAACUGGACCUCCUUCAGGCUUCUAGGCAGAAAACUAGAUCUCCCCUAGGCAUCUGGGUUGGAAAAAGCCACGCCGGACGACAAACUAGAUCUCCUCCGCCGGGCAGCUGGGCUGCAAAGAGCCACGUCGGGCAGAAAACUAGAGCUCCUCCGGGCAUCUAGGCAGAGAAGAGCCCCGCCGGGCAAGGAAGCUCGAGCUCCUCCGGGCCCCUGAGCCGGCCCUGCUGGCCUGAGCUGCGGCGGGAUGGGUCUUCCUCUGCGGGGGAGGCGGGGGUGCCUGCUGGCCCUGCUGGCCCUGGCCCUCUCCUCGGUCCUCUUCUUCGGCCACUUCUACGGCCCCGAGGAGCCCCGGCGCAGCAGACUGCUACAGCAGGAGACGCUACAGCUGGCACAAGCAGAAUUGCCCCGUGAUGUCAGGAGCCAUGACCUGACUGGAGACAGUAUCAUGAAGAGACGUUGUUCUAAGGGAAGCCAAAUCAAUGAUUCAUCUAAGGGAGAAAGCCUUUGUCAUUCUAGGGAGAAGUCCAGUUUGUGCCCCUGGUCAUUGAAGUCAAAAGUGAAGAGUGAUCCCACGUUGGGAAGGCAAUUUGAUUUUGAUGGUCCUGUGCUGAUGUGGAGUCAUCACUUCACCGCAGAGGCGUGGGACAGGCUGAAGGAACGCAGGGUCCCCUAUGGCUGGCAUGGCUUGCCAUAUGCAGUCAUUGCAUCCACGGUGCAGCUCCUCAAUGACUCUGCCAACAGCAGGCUCUUCAACAAGACCACCUCCCCUGAUGGCUGCAUUCGCUGUGCUGUGGUUGGAAAUGGGGGAAUUUUGAAUGGAUCCCAUCAAGGCAAGGAAAUAGAUGCUCAUGACUUUGUCUUCAGGCUUAAUGGAGCAGUGACCAAGGGCUUUGAGGAAGAUGUUGGAACAAAGACUUCUUUCUAUGGUUUCACAGUAAACACUAUGAAGAACUCCCUUAUCGCUUAUGCAGAGUAUGGCUUCACACAGAUCCCAAAGUCCAAGGAUAUACAGUACAUUUUCAUUCCCUCGGAUGUACGAGAUUACUUAAUGCUGAAAUCUGCCAUCCUGGGAAUCCCUGUUCCAGAGGGCUAUGAUAAGGGUGACAAGCCACAAAAAUACUUUGGACUUGAUGCAUCUGCGGGAAAGUUCAAGUUGCUACACCCAGAAUUCAUGUAUUAUCUGACAGAAAGGUUUUUAAAAUCAGAAAUAAUUAACACCCAAUAUGGGCAUCUCUACAUGCCCAGCACUGGAGCAAUUAUGCUUUUAACAGCUCUGCAUACUUGUGAUCAGGUUAGUGCCUAUGGCUUCAUCACAGACAAUUACAAGACGUUUUCAGAUCAUUACUAUGAACACCAGAAGAAGCCCUUGGUCUUCUAUGCCAACCAUGAUAUGCUCUUAGAGGCUGAGCUUUGGAAGAGCCUACACCAGGUUGGCAUCAUGAAACUUUAUCAGCGGUGAAGGCAGUGCAUUGUACGGACAAGGAAGGGGUUGGGCAGCUGUGUCAGCAGUCUGGUGGUCCACAGAUCUUUUACUUUCACGAGGAUCGAGGACAAAACUAAUAACCUGCAAGAACUAUCAGUACACAAGGAACUACCAACUGAUUAAUCCAUGGGGCUCUUUCACAUAGGAUUUGGUCAACAGUAAUAAAUAUACCAAUCCACACUAGACGAAAAGCCCAUCCAGUGUGAUUAUCCAAUGUAGAGAGGAAAUACGACAGCAUAGCUGCCACAAAAUCCAGGACUGGAUUGGCAGGAAAAUGGACAAAACCAUUUGUUAACUACUCUGUUGCUUGUGCACUUUCAGUGAUGCCUUCAUGAGGCAUUCAGUUGCAAUUUUGUCUGGACACAAGAAGAAUUAUGUAAAGUUUUUGUCAUUAUUCUAGUCUUCUUCAUUGAGAAGGCUGAUGAAAAACAUUGUCAAAAGGGGGCAAAGAGUCUGGAAUAUACUGUAUGAUCUCAAUGUUUACCCUUGCUGGGGACUACAAAGCUUUGCUCAAAGCUGGCAAUAACACAAUGGAGCAACCACUGUCUACUCAGACCUACUGUACUCAGAAUGGCUCUCUUUUUCAAAACAGCUAUCUAUGGCAGGCCCCCAGGGGAUACAGUGUUAUUCCAGGGGGACAAGUUUUGAUAGUGUGAGAUGGGACAGAUGGAAAAGUCAUUGUUUUCCAACAAGAAUGGUAGAUCUUCCAUCACCUUUUAAAAUGGAUUUGCAACUACAUCCCCAGUGGUAGUGUGGUAGUGGCUGCUGCGGCAGAAGCUGCUACUAGUAAAUCAACAGCUGGU